UUCACUCCGGUACAUAUGGCCGACGGACCGGAGUAUAUACAUGCCCGUCAAUUUGUCCUCUAUGAAUGUUGUUGCUAGCCAACGUAGAUUUGUGUCCAGCGGUUUUUAACAAGUUCUUGAGUAAAAUAUAAACGAUGACAUCCAGAGGGACACCGAGUCGCUUCCUUCAGAGCGUUCUUCGGAACGGAGUCGGUCGGUAUGUCUGCCAGCUGAAACGACUCUCCAUCAUCUUCUCUAAAAAUGCACAGAGCUCGUUGGGAGUCAGGGACUUCAUUGAAGAGGGAGUGGUGGAUUAUGCCAAGAAGAACCCUGCAACUGUCGUGUAUGUGUCUCCUCAGGCAUGCAGGAUACCCAAAAUAGUUGCAGAAUACUUAAACGGCAACGUGCGGGAAGAAAUGGUCACAAGCAAAACGUCUCUGCAGAUUUCCGAGCUUUUGACCAAGUUAACCAAUCAGUCUGGCCUGGACAUCAUCCGCCUCCGCAAACCCUUCCACACAGACAACCCCAGCAUCCAGGGCCAGUGGCACCCAUUCACCAACCGGCCCCCGUCCAUCGGCCCCAUCAGGCCACAGAAAUAAGAUGCUGAAUAAGAACUAACCAAAGUUUAAAGUCAAAGUCCAAAUUGGUACUUACUUUCCAGAUUAUUCUUGCAAGAUAUGUUCUUUUUUUAAAGCUGUUCAAGUGUCUGCGGUCAAAAUGAAACCACAGAUCAAGUAGUUGUCAUGUUUGCAGCAAUUUCUUGGAUGAUUCCACUAUGGACCGAACAUUUUUCACCAUGCCCUUCUGUCUGCUGGAGGCAGCAAAGUUGUGCAUAAAAGUGCGCACGUUACCAGCUCUGAAUGCCACAUUUGAAUAGACUUUACAUGAAUCCACCAGAGGCUUGUCAACUAGCAUAUUAAAAAGAACACUUUUUUUAAAUCUCAAGGUUAUUUGAAGAUUCAUUGUAGUAAAGAGCAGCACAGAUGGAACUUUGUAUGAAAUAAAUAAAUAAAAAUAAUUGUGCAAUUGCU